UUACAUGUUUGAGGUGGAGCCGGAUGUGACGUCAGACCCUCUGUGUACAGCAGCUGAUCGGAGCGGGUCAGGUUGUUAUUUCUCUUUCUGACGCUGUGAAGAGGACCGGGAGCUCACCUGCUGCUCACCCUCGGCGGGAAACUGCAGCUCGUGCAGCCGACACUCGAGCUCCGCGAGGCCUGUUUGUUGUUGCUGGUACAGCAGCGGGCCUACCUGCGAUGCUAAGCUAAGUGGCUAGCUGUCACCAUCAGCAGGAUUCCUGACCGUAACCCGCAGGUAGACAGUCAGGGAGCAGGCCCGGAACCACCCAGUCCAGCAUGACGGUGUGACGGACUCGGUGGUGAGUGGGUAGACUAACAGCCUCUCCCAACCCAGCUCAGUCCGCCUCCAGCUCAGUCCACCUCGGUCCAGCUGGAAGAUGUGGCUCAAACUCUUCUUCCUGCUACUGUACUUUGUGGUUCUGUUCAUGCUGGCCCGGAUCUUCGAGGCGGUAGUCUGGUACGAGACCGGGGUGUUUGCCACCCAGCUGGUGGACCCGGUCACUCUGAGCUACAAGAGGCUCAAGACCAUCCUGGAGUGUCGGGGUCUGGGGUACUCCGGACUGGCUGAGAAGAAGGACGUGAGCGAGCUGGUGGAGAAAUCAGGAGAGUUGACCCAGGGGGAGCUCUACUCAGCCAUCAAGAAAGAGAAGGAGCAGGAGGCAGGAGACUCCAGCACCACCCACUUCAGUGGAGAGAUGCACUUCUAUGAGUUGGUGGAGGACACUAAGGAUGGGAUCUGGCUGGUUCAGGUUAUUGGCCAGGACCGGGAAGCUCUGCUCAGUCAGUCCAACUGGGGAAAGAUGGUGCAAAAAGUGUCUCAGUUUGGGAUCAGAACUGGAACCUUCAACUGCUCUAAUGACUACAGGUCGUGCAUUAAGCGUGGCUGGCAGCGCUCUACUCUCAUCAUGUCUGUUCCUCAGACUUCAGCCUCAAAGGGCAAAGUCAUGCUUAAAGAAUACAAUGGGCAUCGUAUCGAAACUGAACACAUCUUCCGCUGGAUGACCUCACAUGUGGCUCAUCGAAUCAAAACCCUGCGUCAGUCUGAGCAGCUGAUGGAGGAAUGGCGCUCUGACCCAGCCCACCCGGUCAAGAUGUUUCUGUUUGCCCGUCUGUCCCAGCCCCCUGCCUUCUUCUCCUCACUGUCUGUCAAGUUCACCGGCAGGAUCGAGUUCAUCUUUGUGGACGUACGCCACUGGGACAACCACAGCAGCUUAUCAGAGAUCGGAGUGACACAUAGCCCCGCCUACAUCCUCAAGAUGCCUGAGGGCAUCUAUCGCUAUGGCAACAGUACGGGGGAGUUCCUGUCCCUGGCUGCCAUGGACACUUUCCUGCGUUCGGUCCAGCCGGAGGUCAAUGACCUGUUUGUUCUCAGUCUGGUCCUGAUCAACCUGCUGGCCUGGAUGGACCUCUUCAUCACCCAGGGAGCGACAGUGAAACGAUUUGUAGUUCUGAUCCGGACACUUGGAACCUACAACUCCAUACUGCUGGUGUCCUGGCUUCCUGUUCUGGCUCUCCUCCAGCUGCCCUACCUGGACUCUCUGUACGGUUACAGUCUGAAGCUGCUUCGUUACGCUGACACCACCACACUGGCCAGCCUGGUGAGAGCCGACUGGACCUUCUACUCGUCCCACCCUGCUCUCUUCCUAUCCACCUACCUGGCCCAUGGCCUGCUCGUUGACUACUUUGAGAAGAAGCGCCGCUGUGGAGUCGGGAGCCGAGAGGACAGCACCACCAACCUGGAGUGGCUGGCCAGUCUGUGGGACUGGUACACUUCCUACCUGCUCCACCCAAUCGCGUCACUGCAGCAGGUCCCAUCAGACCACUCAGACUGGGAGGAUGAUCCUAACUUCUUAUUUGAGCGUUUGGCAUUUCCUGAUCUCUGGUUGCGCCCCUUAGUAAAUGUGGACUACAUUAAAGCCCUGCCAACCUGGAGGUUCAGAGCUGUGGGUCAGCAGAGAGGGUGGGGGGUUGCUGGACAGCUGCAGGGAGAGACAGAGAGUUCACAUUCAGACCCAGAAGACAGGAAGCAGAGGGAUUCUCCUCCUGCAGGUCUCAGCGCACCUCCACAUGGCAACAAGAGGCACAAGAGAUCACAGAGCAGUGAGGACAGCAGCACACAGCUGAGUGUGUUCAGCAGCGUGGACCCCAGCUCCCACCGUCAGUGUGUGUGUCCUGCUGCUGCUGCAUUGUCCCUCUGCUGUUGUCACGGGAACGGAAGCUCACCAUCAUCUGACGGAGCACCAGUGGACUGUGGCCACACACCUGAGGGUGUCUCCACCCAGCAGCACUGUGAUUGGUCGGUGUGGCCCUGUGGUGUGCUGCGGUGUUCAGAGUGUGUGGUGUGUCUGGAGAACUUUAUGAGUGAUGAGCUGCUGAUGGGUCUGCCCUGCGGCCAUGCCUUCCACCAGCAGUGCAUUGUGGUGUGGCUGGCAGCAGGCAGACACUGCUGCCCUGUGUGUCGUUGGCCCAGCUACAAGAAGAAACAGCAGAGAGGAGCACAGAGCAGCUCGGCUGAACACUCUGUGCAGGACUGACGGACACGUGACUGAGCCCUUCUCUCUACUCUCACUGCUCACAGACACAGAGCUGUCUGUAUCAGUCAUCAUCACAGCUUGCUUUAGGUGCAGGUGGGACUGUGGAGGUGUGAGGAUGGAUGUGAGUGGAUGUGAUGAGGGCUGCUGUUGUCAUGAACUACCAAUCAGCUCGUUUAAACCCUAACCCGUUUCUAUCUCUGUUGAAGGCAGUGUGCUGCCAGACAGUUGAAACUGUGAGAGGCAUCAUGGUUUCUGAUUCACACUCUAACCACAGUUGGAGCCCUGGUAAACUUGGUCAUCAAUAAAAACAUAUUUCCUGUUUGUCUGUUUGCAGGACUGAGACAUCUGUUCACCCCACAAACCAUCCAUCCUGUAUCAUGACCCACUACUAAUGCAAAAAACCCUCAUCUCUGACACAGACUCUAGCCCCUCUGGAUCUAAAUGUGUUGACUUCACCCUCCAGCAGCUUCUCACAGUUGUUAGUUUUACAUCACUUAAUUAUUUAUUUUGAUUAUCCAGAGAGACGCUUCCUGCCCUUCCACUGUCAUGCUCCUCCUUUAAUUCUGCCCUGUCACUCCUCACUGUUUGUUUCUGCAGUGUAUUUGAAAAGCAGCACUCAGAUCCCAGACACAGGAGGUUGUUGUGAGUCUUGUGAGGUGAGGAUACAAGGUGGAGCUGCUGGCCUCAGAGUGAUGGCAGAGUCCUAGGAGGGGUUCAGCAACGUGUCUCACAGUGUUGAGGUUUUACUCCGUAACCUCCCUGGUUCUAACCGACUAGUCUGAUGUGCACUAAACCACAGAGGGGACAGGUUUUAACCAGGGUGCUGACGGUGCUGACAGUGCUCACAUACACACACCUGCUCAGCAGGGCUUCAGCCACACACGUUUUUGACACAAAUAACAUGUUUAUAACAUAAUCCAUUUUAGGGUGUAGAGACCUCCACCUCCAGAGACUCCACUGCAUGUACAGGACUGUGAUCAGUUAACCACAUGGUUAAAGUUGCGCUCAUUAGUACUUUAUGUCAACAGUGGGUCAGAGGACAAAGUUUAAUGUGACAAAUCCACAGAGAAUUAUCACCAACUCAGCCGUUCUCCUCAGCUCCUCAGAGUAUUGUAGCAUCUUUUGGCUCAUUCCUUUCAUUUAAACUCCACUCUCAUCAUCCUUAUUUCCAGAAGCAGCAAUUGCUUUCAGUGAAACACCUCUGAUAAAGUCACUGUCCACUACCUGCUGAGCAGCAAAGAGCAUACAGUCAGAGAGCAGCUGGUGAAAGAGCCAGAUGUUCCCUUCAGGAGGUGGUGGAGUCCAAACACAGAGCUAAAAGAGGGAAUACUGGACUUAGAUUCAUCAGGUGGUGCAUGUCAUGGUGGUUGUAAUUGCCUGACCUUUGCCUUUACCAAGAAUGGACGUGUUAGUGAAACAACAUUAUAUGAAUGUGACAUGGUGGGUAUCAAGCAUGAAAUCUUUCAUUAACAGUGAAACCUGCUGGGGAACAAACAGGUCUGAGGGGAAGAAACCCUCCUCAGUCACAGAGGCUUUGCUCUGCAUGCAUACUUAUAUUUUUCCUUCAUGAAUCUCCAUGUUGAAUGCCAGGGGCUGCACAGUCAGGCUCCUGCUGCUGCACAUGCUCACAGGAGGACUGAUGCCUUGCUCAUGGGCUGCUUGUUGCAGAAUUUAAAUGUUCCCUAUUAUCUUCCUGACCAGGGGCCCACACUGGUGUUCAGCAGGACAGGAUUAGUUCUUUUAACCCUAAAAGUCUCAAUAAAAGAAAACAAAUCUCUUUUUAAACUGAUUUUUUUUUCUUUGAGCUGUGGCUGACUGACACCAGGUUGAGUAGCUUCCACUUAUGUCUGUUGCUGACAUUUCCAUCUCUGUCAUCUUAUUCAAAAUAAAGAAGGAAUAUUUUGACAUUUGGAAUUGCAGGUUUUGUAGUAACUUACCUUACACAGUUUGGCGAGUCAUGUAUUUUAGGCCCUCACCUGCUGUACAGUAUAAAUGACUUGCUGAUAUCAGAAUAUGACUGGGUACUCCUGCUGCUGCAGAAAGCCCAGCAAGCUAAGGAAGCAUAUCCUCUGUAUCCUGAAUCCUUUGUAUUGCCUGAGGUUAAGCUUACACUUUACCUCUGAAAUUUCCACAUGCUUUGCUGAUGAUCUUAUCAUGUCUUCAGUCCUACCUGUGGAGCUGUUAGCAGGCUGUUACUUUACCUGGCAUUGUUCCAAAACCCCUGUUCUAAAAUGUCCAAAACUAACUAACUGUAAUUAAUCAACUUUAAGGUGCUUAUCUGUAAUCUUUCAGCUCAUUCCUGACCUCUUUCUUUGUGUGAAGGGCAAGAAAAAGAAAAAUGUAGAGCAGUAACACUUAUCCAAAAUAAAACAAUUGUUUCAGAA